GACAAAUGGAUAAAUUCAUCAAUUCCGGAUCCGUAUCCGGAUCAGGCUGCUACGGACAUCACAAUGCAAAUGCAACGCUCGUAGCGGCAGCUCCAACAAUAGCAGCAACAAAGCAUUGUCAGAGACUGUCCAACAACAACAACAACUUCAGAGCCAGGCAACAGCAACAACAACAACAGCAACUUAUCAAUACAACAGUUGGACGUGCUGGAAAUUCCAGUCCCAAAUUGGCAGCGACAUUUCAAGGUAUGAGUGUGAAUGUUGUGCAGAGUGCUGCUACAAUCCUGCCAAAGCAGGCGCAAAUCAUUGGACAACAGCGGCAAGCGACACCAAACAACAACAACAACAACAAUCUAAAUCACAAUCAGAAACUGCUCAAACCGCCUGGAAUGAUAGAACAGCAGCAGCAACAACAACAACAACAGCAGCAGCAGCAGCAGCCGACAGUUGUUGGCAGCGUCAGCGGCAUCAUCAGGACGAAACCGCGCAACAAAAGCGAAGAAGCCAUCGGUGAUUUACUGCAGCGCAUUCCAGACAUUGGUCACAUCUUCGAUGUGCACAGCCGCAUUGGCAACGGCACUUUUAGCACCGUGCUGCUGGCCACACUCAAACGCGAGUCCUAUUUGCCGGACAGCAAACGGCGCAAGUUUGCGAUCAAACAUCAUAUACCCACUAGCCAUCCUGAUCGCAUUAUGAAGGAGCUGCAGUGCAUGACCGAUAUGGGCGGCACGGAUAAUGUGGUGGGGAUCCACUGUUGCCUGCGCUGCGAUGCCUCGGCUGCCUUUGUGAUGCCGUACAUGCCGCACGAUCGCUUCCACGACUUCUACACCAAAAUGGAUGUGCCCGAGAUACGAAUGUAUAUGCGCAAUCUACUCCUUGCUCUGCGUCACGUGCACAAGUUCAACAUCAUCCAUCGGGAUGUGAAGCCCAGCAAUUUCCUCUACAAUCGUCGCCAGGGGCAAUUUCUGCUCGUCGACUUUGGGCUGGCGCAGCAUGUGAAUGUGAAUAGUAGCAGUACCACAACAUCAAUGUUAAACGCUGGCAGCCAGCAACCAACGCUCCAGGUGCAGAAAUCCUGCACGGGUAUCCUAAGCAGCAAGCGGCCACGGGAACGAGACUCUUUGGUGUCAGCAUCGCAGCAGCAGCAACUACAACAGCAGCAGGGGGCAAGUGCCACCGAUGUGCAAUUGGGUGGCGCCGUGAAGCGCAUGCGUUUAAUCGAGGAGACGACGUCCACGUCGAGCAACUGCUGGAGCAAGAUGCCACUGAAGCCGGUCAAUGAGAUUGCGCAGAGCAGUAGCCGCGCAGCUGCUGCCGAGCUGCCUUCGGAUAAUCCCAAGCAGAGCGAUGCGAUCAAUGCCAGUCAACCGCAGAUCCAGGCCCAGACAGUGCCGACAACAAUAGCGCCAGCUGCAACAGCAGUGGGAGCAGAAGCUGGAGCAACUCCAGCAACCGCUGCCAACAAGUACAACACAAAUCGCGGAGCUGGCGGAGGCGGCGCUGUGGGUAGCGGUGGCAAGUGUUAUUGCUUUGCCAAUCCCUCGGUGUGCCUCAACUGCCUGAUGAAGAAGGAGGUGCAUGCAUCCAGGGCCGGCACACCGGGCUAUCGUCCACCCGAGGUGCUGCUGAAGUAUGCGGAUCAAACAACCGCUGUGGAUGUCUGGGCAGCCGGUGUCAUCUUUCUAUCGAUACUCUCCUCGGUCUAUCCAUUCUUUAAGGCGCCCAAUGAUUUUGUGGCCCUCGCCGAGAUUGUCACGAUAUUCGGAGAUCGGGCGAUCAGGAAGACAGCAUUGGCGCUGGAGCGCAUGGUGACGAUCAGUCAACGCUCGAAGCCGUUGAAUUUGCGCAAGCUGUGCCUGCGUUUUCGGCAUCGUCAGAUCUUCAGCGAUGCGCAAAUGAUACGCAAAUAUGAGACGCCCGAUGGCCGAUGCGAUGUGUGCAAGAACUGUGAUCAAUACUUCUUCAAUUGCCUGUGCGAGGACAGCGAGUAUGUGACGGAACCACUCGAUCCCUAUGAAUGCUUUCCAAGCAGUGCAUACGAUCUGCUUGCCCGCCUGCUUGAGAUCAAUCCGCAUCAGAGGAUCAGUGCCGAGGAGGCGCUGCAGCAUCCCUUCUUCAACGAGCCGCCGUUGCCCAACAACAAUGCAAUCAGGCAAUCAUCGUUGGCAUUGACAAUGCCGCGCAGGCGCGCUCCCAAGGCGCCAGAGGGAAUCGCAGUGGAUAUGGCAGCGGUUGCUGGAGCCGCCGAGGAGCAACUGCAUCCGGCUCUGAACAAACUGUGAAACUAGUCGAAACUACACAACAAUCUGCAACACAUAAAAACUAUCUAUAUAUAUAUAUUUGUAUGUGUAUGUGAAACCACCUUAGAACUUAAUCUUCACCAGUGUCCAGGUGAUGUAUAUAUGUACAUAUGUAUAUAUAUCAUCAUCACAAUUCAUCAUGCAACUCACUCAUCUUUGAUCUAAGUCCUUAAAGUUUUUCGUAGAGAACGUCGUGUUAUACUCAAGAAAUAUGCGCAAAUCCCAAGCAUGGAUUUUCCAUAUCAUCAUCAUCUACACCAAAUAAAACAUGUAAUCUUAAAUUGUAAAAUGUAAGCUAAGUUAAAAAUGUUUUUUUUUCUUCUUUUGUAAGUAAAAAAUGUUAUGUUGGCAGCGUAUAACAGUAUAAUAUCAGCUAUACCUAUUUGUAUUAUAUAGAAUGUAUACCAUGUUGUAUAAUUCGAAUAGUUAUUAAAACACACACAGAUAUACACAAAGAAAAACAUAUAUUAAUACAUAAGCCCAUUUAUAGGGUAAAACAAGCUAUUGAGCUGACAUCAUUAUACUGAUACAUAUGUGUAUAUAUAUACAAGUAUAUGUAACUCUUGAUGUGUAUAUACAAAACAAAUAUAUUUAUACGAUGCUAUUUGAAAUGAAUCCAAA